AAACUGCGUGACGGAAGAGACCUCGCCCUGGGGUUUAUGUUUACCGACCAGCCUACCUGAGGACACCAUAUUGUUUCAAUCAUACUUUUUGGUACAGAGCCAAGUUUCUCUUCGGAGUUUUCGUGCUGCUCCUUCUGCGUUUAGAGAGAAUAUUUACGUGUGUAGAGCUAGAUUUUUUUUAUUUCCUCGUAUCUACCAGGGAAGUAGCCUAUCCAAAUCUGAAGUAUACUCUACUCAGUUAGUUGCGACAAAAAUGAACGCUGUUAUAGCCGUGCGUCAAGGAUGUAUUGUAACAUUCAGACUACCUCAAGUUAUAGCAACACUGCCAACUUCAUUUAUGCUGUACUCCACGAAGACCUCCCAGGCAGUUGUGGCGGCAAGGAUGCCCUGUAGGGUGAAGGUGACCGGAGGCAAACGCUAUUCAUGGUGCACCUGUGGCCACAGCAAGAAACAACCCUUCUGUGACGGUACUCACAGGACAAAAGCGCCCAGCUUUUCUUCUUUACGUUUCACUCCAGAUAAAGACAAGACACUUAUGCUGUGUGCCUGUAAGCAAACCAAAAACGCGCCGUUCUGUGAUGGCACGCAUUUUAAAGUCAUCUUCACUGACAUUGGGAGCUUAGUGAAAAAAGUAUUUAAAUCUUAAACUGAAAAUAGGUAUUAUAUCAUGCCAAACGGUAUAUUCCAUACCAUCCCAGUAUGUAACACAAUAUACAUUUUAAAUGUAAUCUGAGUCCGUCCUUAUUUCAUAUAUUAGAUUAAAAAGUGCCUUAAAAUAGAUUUGUCAGUGCUUGCAAUAAUGUAACAUGCCUUUUUUGUUGUUUUCUGUUGUUAUAAUAUAGCCAAAUGUUAUGUAGAGAAUAGACAUUAGCCAAUGUUCUGUAGUGUACGUACAGAAGGGAGCAGUUCAGGUUUUUAGAUUUUUGAUAGAAAAACUACGCAGCAACCAUAUGCGUCAUGCAACAACAAUGGGGGAAGAAAUUACGACAUACUAUUUUGCGCUGCAAAAAAACAGUAACCAAUCGAAAUGUCAUUAGACCACGUGGAUAAUCCGGAAAUGAUCUCUGUAUGACCUAGCGUUUGCUUUUAAAUCUCAGUUUUCCCCUUGUUGCUAAAGUGGGCGGUAAGCCUUUGGUGGCCUGAACUGUUUACGUUUCAGAUAAUGACAAGUUAUAAAAGGUUGGUUUUGUUUGGUCGUUGCUAGAUAAUAAUACGCAAGACCUGCAUUAUGACUUGAACACUUGACCACACUUGACAACAGAAAGGGAAACAUGAGCAUAAUAAUGUCAGAGACGAUCGGCAUAUGGGUCACGACAACCUUGCGACAACCUUGGAUAUUAUCGAAAAUAGCGGCUCCGAAGGCCCAGUUAUCCACUCUCCCCUCAGAGCCAGUCAUUGCUUCCAAAAAGCCUUUGAAGGUGGAGCUUGUUGGUGGAAAACGUUACUCAUGGUGUACUUGUGGACACAGUAAGAAACAGCCUUUCUGUGACGGUGCGCACAAGACAAAAGCCCAGGGCCUCGCGCCUCUACGGUUCGUCCCCGAGCAGGACUCCACGGCGUGGUUGUGUGGCUGCAAGUACACCAACAACCCUCCUUACUGUGACGGCACACACAAGCAGGACUUUAUCAAAUCCGCCCAGAUACCGGACCAGACCAACUGUUGAAGGGGAGCUGAAGUGUGUGUGUGUGUAACACAUUUCCUGUGGUCCCUCUAGGUCCUAGAGUCUAGGACCUCUAACGUAGGUCGUCUGGUAGGUCUUCUUGGUUCUACGGCUUUGAAUGAGUUUCUUUCACUUAGGGAACUGAUGGUGAAUUUUAUAUAGUGCAGACUUGUUUUCUGCACAUGAUGGAGCAAGGCGAUGCUAGUCCUUUUGAGCUUGUCUUAUGACUGUAUCCUAAUUUGUAUAGUAUUUUGGCUUUAUUUUAAGAUUUACUGUUCAGUAUAAGGAAUUGUUUGGCUCACUGUGAUAUGCACUGAAUACAAAACACACAAGAGUACUCAAGUACUGCAUCUCAGGGUGAAUCCAUCACUUAGAAAAUGUAGCCUUCAGGUUAGCUUGCACUGGGGUUUUGUGAUUUCAAUGUUUGUCAAUAUAUGUUCCUACAAGGGGAAACAUAAAAAAUACAGAAAGAACAUAGCCAAAGCUGCAAUACUUGUUUUGUUUCACGGGUAGAAAAAAACUGAUUACUGUUAGAUUUGAGUUGGUUGAGGCAGUAAACGGUAGCAUCAGGAUGCAAGGCAGUCGUUACAUUUUGUACUUUCAUAAAAUCAGAACAAGACAACUCGAACCCUAGUAAGUAAACAUUUUAAUGACCUAAAACAUGCACAUAUGGCUGAUAAUCGUAGAAUAUCGCAGGAUGGUCCAAAAAACUUAAGGAAUGUCAUUGUGGAAAUACAACUGUUGACAAGGUCGAAUAUUCAAAUCCCUUGGAAUUCUAAAUAUCUGCCAUGAGAACAAGAAUACAUCAGAUUUCACUUGGACAUACUGAAAGUCUCACCCCCCCCCCCCCCCCUCUUCUGACAAAUGUAGUGAUUGAAGUUUAAAUAAUUUACAGUUGCUUUUGUAAUUGCAAAGCACACGAAAAGGUUCUAUGGUGUACUGUUUAGUCUGCAUUUUACUCAAUGAAAGUGCAUCUAAUAGGUAUUGUUCUUGAAAUUAGUUUGGGCCAUUGAAACCAUUUAAAAGUGUAGGCAGUCUGUCACAAUACUGGCAAAGAGAAGACAAAACAUAUUGCCUUCAGUCAUCAAAUGCUGUCAUUUGCAUCGCAAUGCCUUUAAGCAAUUUGCCUAAGCUAAUAUUUAAGCCAAAUCAAUGGGAGACCCUACUGCAUAUACAAUACAAAACAAUAUCUUGUAUAAAAAGAUACUUUAUACAUAUGUAUGCACACAUGCUCACAUUGGAUACAUACUGUACAUUUUGUAUGUGUGUUUUGUACUAGUCUAACACACAUAACCACACACACACUCACACACACGUAUACAAAUGUCUAUUUGGCUGCUGUUUAGUCUUGAGGCCCGAUCUCAACUGUUGU